GCCACCUGGACAUUCAGGCAGAGGGGCGCAGGGGCUUUGCCUCGGGACUUUCCAGCAGCUCAAUGGCCUCCCCGAAGAAGAAGCUCCAGGGUCUUGUUGCUGCAGCCAUCACGCCAAUGACUGAGAAUGGUUCCAUCCUCCGAUAUUUCCCUGUGUCCCUUCCUCUUAAGCAGGGGUUUCUCUCCCUGCACUUCCAGACUCGGAGUUGGAGGAGCAGAAGGUACUCGUUUGUCCCACUGACUGACUCUUUGUUUGGAACAGUGAAUGGCACAACUGGAGAAGGCCUGUCCCUGAGCAUCUCAGAGCGUCGCCGGGUCGCCGAGGAGUGGGUGACGAAAGGGAGGAACAAGCUGGAUCAGGUGGUAAUUCACGUAGGAGCACUGAGCUUGAAGGAGUCACAAGAGCUGGCCCAACAUGCAGCAGAAAUAGGAGCCGAUGGCAUUGCUGUCAUUGCACCUUUCUUUCUCAAGCCGUGGAACAAAGAUGUCCUGAUUAGUUUCCUAAAGGAGGUGGCUGCUGCUGCCCCUGCAUUGCCAUUUUAUUACUAUCACAUUCCUGCCUUGACAGGGAUAAAGAUUCGUGCAGAGGAGUUGUUGGAUGGGAUUCAGGACAAGAUCCCCACCUUCCAAGGGCUGAAAUUCAGUGACACGGAUCUCUUAGACUUCGGGCAAUGUGUUGAUCAGAAUCGCCAGCGGCAGUUUGCUUUCCUUUUUGGGGUCGAUGAGCAACUGUUGAGUGCUCUGGUGAUGGGAGCAACCGGAGCAGUGGGCAGUACCUAUAACUACUUGGGAAAAAAGACAAACCAGAUGUUGGAGGCUUUUGAACGGAAGGACUUCUCUGUAGCCCUGAACUAUCAGUUUUGUAUCCAGAGAUUUAUCAACUUUGUGGUCAAACUAGGUUUUGGAGUAUCACAGACCAAAGCCAUCAUGACUCUGGUCUCUGGGAUUCCCAUGGGCCCACCCCGGCUUCCACUGCAGAAGGCCUCCAGGGAGUUUACUGAUAAUGUGGAAGCUAAACUGAAGAGCCUGGAUUUCCUUUCUUUCACUGGCUUGAAGGAUAGGAACUUGGAAGCCUGUGGCUAGUGCCUCACUAUUAAAUCAGGGUGUGUACAUUGAGACAUAAUCCACAUUAAAUAGAGCAUUCUUUUCUCAGGGACAUUGUAGAUGAACUUGAAAUAAACUCUCCUAGCAAAU